AUGGCUCCGCCUCACAGCAACGGCAACGGCUACGCCCACCAGGGGUCCAAAUCUGCCUUUCUGCCUUUUCAACACCAAAAUGAUGCCAGCUUCCGCGCCCGCCUCCGACCCGUGCUUGCUGCCGUAGUGCGAUUGCUGAGAACAAUCUGGGCCUUUUGGCAGACCCGUGGACGACGACUGGCGACCAACAUAAUGUGGCAGGCAGGCAGGCAGUUGAGGCAGAACCUGACUGCGCGCCGCCUUCUGAGCUUCCCGCACCUGCUUGUGUGUCUGUGGUUUCUCGUGCUGCUUUGGGGCGAGCGAUGGGUGUUUAGGAGUCGAGUCGCCGACUGCAAAUGGAGCAAUUGGGAGAACUGGCCCGCCGGAUCCAGUCCGCACCACCUCGUCUUUGUCGCCGACCCCCAAAUCAUCGACCCCAAAUCCUACCCCGGCCGGCCGUGGCCCCUGUCCGAUCUGACGGUAUUGAUAACCGACAACUACAUGCGAAGAGGCUACCAGCAGCUCCAGUCACAACUGCAGCCCGACUCGCUGUUCUUCCUGGGCGAUCUAUUCGACGGCGGGCGAGAGUGGAAGACGUUGCACAGUGACUUCAAGGAUCCCGAGUGGGCCGUCAACCGGCGGCCAAAGAAUGAGAAAGAACACGUCAAGGAUUGGAACGAUAAUUAUGGCCAGGACUUCUGGCUCAAGGAAUACGAGCGCUUCGGCAACAUCUUCUUCAAGGACUGGACGCUUGGUGGUGCUAAGGCGGGCAACUGGCAGAGAGGGCGCAAGUUGGUGGUGAGCUUGCCAGGGAACCACGAUUUGGGGUUCGGCGACCAGGUCAAGGCGUCUGUUAGAGAGCGCUUCAGUACCUUCUUUGGAGACGUGAACCGUGUCGAUGUCAUUGGCAACCACUCGAUCGUCUCUGUCGACUCCCUUUCCCUGAGCGCGAGCGCCUCGCGGCAAGCCGACGUUGAUUUGGAGGCUAUUCACACACCGGUGGAUAUCUUUCUGAAGGAUGUCCAGUUCACCAAGCGCAAGGCCGUCGAGAAAGAGUUGCGAUUCUGGAGAGGCGACUUGGAAGGAGUGACUUACGAGCACAACGUCGAGGAGUUGGAUAAGGCGGAUGUGAAAGUGCCGACGAUUGUGCCGGGCGAAGAUGGACCCGACUUUCCUACAAUUCUUCUCACCCACGUUCCUCUGUUCCGAGACCCGGGAACGCCCUGCGGGCCGCUGCGAGAGCACUGGCCGCCGGCCAAACCGCCCAAAGGAGAAAAGGAUCCUGUCAUCCCGGACCAUCGCAACGCGAUCUCAGUUUCGGGUGGUUACCAAUACCAGAACGUACUGAGUGAGGACGACUCCGUCAAGCUCGUGAAGAGCGUCGGCAACGUUGUCCAUGUCUUCUCUGGCGACGACCACGACUACUGCGAGCUAGUUCAUUCUCCUGCGAAGGACAAUGUCCGCGAAAUCACUGUCAAAAGUAUCAGCAUGGCCAUGGGGGUUCCCACACCUGGAUUUCUCAUGGUUAGCUUGUACAAUCCAGUUGACGCGAACGGCAAGCCACUCCCUGGGGCUCCCGAGAAGACCUUGCAGACUCACCUUUGCCUGCUGCCGAACCAGCUCGCAACGUACGCCAAGUACGCCGGGCUCGUCUUUGUCACCAUUGUGGCGAUUAGCAUCAGGUCGUUCUUGGUGCCUGUUCUCAACUUGACGCCUUUCGCACUGCAACCAGAGCAGCCGCAAGGCGCGAUUCUACCUACCAUCAAGGACAAGGUCGAGGAUGAUGGGACUUACAACAUGAACUCAACAUCAGCAACGUCCGGAUCUCGGUUCCUCACGUCAUCGUCAUCACGGACUAGGAGCGGAUCCAUCCGGUCGAACGGCUCGGGUCCCAUGCCACCGCCGAAGAGCAAGCUCAAAAAGCAGGGAUGGGGGGGACAUCGUGCCCCGAGAAUCGAGAUUUUCCAAGACGAUUUCUACGGCACCAACAAGCCGCGGUUGACGUGGAAAGCGGCGUCCCAACGCUCUCGGACGACUCUCGGACGGGUUGCUCGAGAGAUCGUAGCCUCGACAUGGAGAGUAGUUUGGAUGGUCGUCUUAUUCUGGGUGUAUCUUGCAUAUAAGGGAUAG